CAAAAUUUUUAUAGCACGCACAGUGUUUGUCAAAACAUAUAUACGGCAGAUGCAUCGUAAAAAGUUAAUUUCAUAGAAUCGAAAGAAGCGUCAACGAUAACUAAGAGAGAAUGGCCUGUCCUUUAUCGGAAACAAUCACAGAUGAUCAGAGUCAAGAAGGUACUCAAUUAACUAAAGGACCAGGCUUACUCUACGGAGAAUAUCUUCAUUUAGAUAAAAUUUUAUCCGCGCAAAGGCUUCUCAGCGCUGAGUACAAUGAAGAAGUACACGAUGAGCAUCUUUUUAUCGUUACUCAUCAAGCAUACGAAUUAUGGUUCAAGCAGAUUAUCUACGAGUUGGACUCGGUCAGAUCACUCUUCACUUCCGACUCAAAUGUUUAUAACACUACCAAUCACACUUCGAAGAUUCAAAAUGGAGUUCACAUCUUGAACGAAUCAAGGACUUUGGAAAUUCUUAGACGACUCAAUCGCAUCGUUCUUAUAUUGAAACUUUUGGUGGACCAAGUGUCGAUCUUAGAGACUAUGACACCGUUGGAUUUCAUGGCAUUCCGCGAUUAUCUCUGCCCGGCUUCCGGCUUCCAGUCCCUGCAAUUUCGAUUACUAGAGAACAAACUUGGUGUAAAACAAGAACACAGAGUAAGGUACAAUCAGAAUUACACGAGAGUUUUCGGAAGAGAUCCGAAAGCCAUUGAGGAGAUCAAACGUUCCGAGGAAGAUCCCAGCCUCAGCUGCUUGGUCCAAAGAUGGUUGGCCAGGACACCGGGUCUCGAAUCUUACGAUUUUGACUUUUGGGGAAAGUAUAAAAGAGCCGUCGAACGAAUGCUCUUCGAACAAGAACAAACUGCACAGGAACAAUCAGAAGAGCAAAUGAAAGUAUAUCUUACGAGCAAUGUUCGAUCUCGUCAAGCCAUCUUCGAAACGAUCUUUAACGAAUCUCUUCAUAACGCACUUGUCUCGAGAGGAGAACGAAGAUUCUCAUAUGCUGCCUUGCAAGGUGCUGUAAUGAUAACAUUGUAUCGGGACGAACCAAGAUUCAGUCAACCGCAUCAAAUAUUGACUGCAUUGAUGGACAUUGAUUCUCUGAUUACUAAAUGGAGAUCUUUGAUAUUUUUAGAUAAUCACGUCAUCAUGGUUCAGAGAAUGAUCGGUUCUCAACAACUUGGAACUGGUGGAUCUUCCGGGUAUCAAUACUUGAAAUCGACAUUGAGUGAUAGAUACAAAGUGUUCCUAGAUUUGUUCAACUUGUCUACGUUUUUAAUACCUAGACAUUUAAUUCCACCAUUAACGAAGCAAAUGAAAACAAGACUUUCAAUUUCUUGGAAUGGUUGGAGUACCGAUAACAAUCAAAACAAUGCUGAAAAUGAUAUAAAACACUCGUGAACUUGUAAUAAUUUAUGCGGUAAAAUAAUGUUAAUAUAGUAAAAUAA